AUGAUCAGCCAUGAUCAGGACCCCCGUUUCAUGAGCAAGGUCUUCGCUAGGUUCAGAGACCUCCUGAAAAGUAAGCAACGUGCGACGCUAGGAUACCGGCCUCAGGCCAAUGGACAGCAAAAACGCUCAGUCCAAACGCGUAUGUCGCUGGCUGAAGUUGACCAGAGUGACUGGAACGAGCAUGCAGAACGUCUCAUGUUCGAGCUGAAUACCUCAUUGGACACUCCGUUUUACCUGGUCCACGGCUGGGACGCCCAAGGAACCAUAUCUGCAAUGCUGGGCCCGAAGCCAUCCACAGUCCAAGAACGAACGGCCUUGGAGUGGCGCCGGAAGAUGCAACGGGACUAUAGUUAUGCUCUAGCGUGUGCUGAAGACUUGCAAAAGAAGGCAAAGCGUGUGAGAUCUGCCGCUCAGACUCGUAAGUGGAGAGAACUCUCGGACCGCGUGAAGGCAGGCUUCGAAGCCGGCGAUUCUGUGUGGUUGUACAUUCCCAUGGUCUGCACGGGGUUGAGUCUUAGCUCACCUGUGGCACGGGCCUUUCCGAAUCGACGAAAUUUUAACGACUUCAGAGUCAAGCUCAAGAUCCCAGGCACAGGCUACCGUGUAAACCCGUGGGUAUCAGAAGAUGACGACUUUGACGCAGCCUUGUUACCCGAAGUUAGUUGGGAGCCGGACACUGCACAGGAUGAGUAUGAGGUUGAAGAGAUCCUGGAUCUCAGUGGAAACUUCCACAAUUACCCAGAUCCAGAGUGGAUACCUCUAGCCCAACUUAAUUGUGGGGCAUUGCUAUAUGAGUUCGACCAGGGUGCUAAGGCGAGAGCACGUUUCCAAGCUAUGCAAGCUGGGGACGAUCACCCUGGGAACUAG